GUAGGUACAAUUAUACAGAAACGGAGAAAGGAGAUAGUAUAAAGCUUUGAAACGAAACACGACGUCGAGGGGAUCGAAGGAGAAAUGUAUUCGUACAAAAAUAAAAAUUCAUAUCUCGAAAAAUGUCCGUAUAUGCGGGACAAAAUAAGUUUCUAAAAAAAUAAUGCAACCGUGUAUCGCGAGUCGCAAUUUUCGAGAGAAAAGAAGAGCAAUAUUCUCGUCGUUCGAAUUUCACGGAUAAAACCGUGCGGCCAAAAAUCGAUGUGAAAUUCAUAAAAAUGUGAAGAAGAAACGAAAUUCAGUCUCCAGACAAGGGUGCAAAAUUGAUGAGUGACCUAUUGAACUCUCCGGGCUGAUUUUUCCGACCUCUCCGAUCGUAUAUUUCUCAGGGAGACAGGUUAGUAUUACUCUUCUUAAUUUUCAUCUUCCUCACAAAUUUUCGUUCACUGUUCAGCCAAGGAAAAUGGCCAGGAAGGACGAUGAGCUCGAGUUCUUCAGGGCCGGUAUAGUUUACCGGGAAACUGGAUACUGGUUGACUACUCUCGAAAGACCGUACACCAGCGAGGCUUACUUCGAGAAGGCGAUCGAGCAGGGCCAAGAAAAUGAUCUCAGAACGUAUCUCGGUUAUUGCAAGGCGUUGCUCAAGUUCGCCAGAUACGUGAUGGCGAUGGAAGCUGCUGAAAAGUGCAGGGAAAUAGAUCCAGCGUACUCCCACGUGCGGCAUAUGGUGGUCCAGACGUUAUUCUACAUCGGUGAAUUCGAGUACAGCUUAGUGCACGCCCAUCAGGGCUUCCAGAAGUAUCCGACCACCUUCUUCGAGCAUGGAAUAUGUCAAGGAAACGAGACCAUCGAGAACUGCGUGGGUAGAAACACCUCGCCCAAAGCGCUCCGGCUUAUUUCCCAUUGGAUAAAGGAACUCGAGGAACACCGGAAGCUAAUGAUCGAGAAGCUUAAGGAGGAAGUGGACGAGCUUGCCGGCUUCGAGGAGGAGAAUUCCAAGUUCAAAGUAAACGAUCCAGAAGCUCAGGCAGAGGCAGAGUUCAGAAAGAUGCAGAGAGUGAUCGGGAAGAUCUACCUGAGUUACUUGGCCCACGACAAGGAGUUUCUGCAGGAAAUGGCCGAGAAUCCUGACAUAUUGCAACCACCUAAUCAACGUUUGGUCGACAAGUUGCGUUCGGUGGCGACGAUAAAUUACACGAAAGCGUUGCGUAGACAAAACAUCCUGCGUAUGCGUCGACCCCUUUAUGUAAUGCUUUUCAAGCGAAGAAACAUACCGAAGGGCUAUAGGAUGAUGAUGCAGGAGGAAAAGAGGUUGCGCAGGAAUCUGAUCGUCAUCGAAGCGGACUUUCUGUUGAGGCGUUUACACGACACGAGGAUGCGCAAAGAAUAUACUACAUUUUUUAGAAUGGUAGAUCGCGUGAAAGACAAGUUCGACUCGUACAGUCUGAAAAUGUUCCCGUUGAAGCAGAAGUGUUUGAACGCGAUCUACAACAUGGUCGCCUGGGUGUACAUAGACGUUCGAGAUUUAUCCAGCUUACCGAACAACCAGCUCAGAAAGAUAUACCUGAAGCACCAGCUGGGAAUACGCGUGGCCGAACUGCCGAGGGACUGCGACAUCGCCUGGGUGAAGGCCCUCAACCGCAAACAGGCUCUCCGAGUUUUUCGCAGGCGAUUAGCGAUGGCCUCGGAACCUUUGGAGCUGGCUUGGCUGUUCCACGAGUUGUCCAAGUACCUGAUCGAAAUCCGUCGCUACGACCUCGCCAGGUUUUACACGAAAAAGUCCCGCAAGAACGGCCAAGAAGCGGACAGCGAGCAGUGGGUGUUGAACACGCAUCACUUGUUACUUCGCAUCGAGAUCAGCCAGAAUUACCGCACCGAGGCGAAAGAGGUUGCCCUGAAAGCGCUGUCCAGCUCGAAGAAAUUGGGUUUCGAUUUUCUGGUGGAUUUUUACACGAACGCGAUCAACGUGAUCGACGAGAUGGACACCGAUAAGCCGAUCGAUUCGGAUGCCAUCAGCGCCAGGCAACAGUUGAUCCUCGAUCUGAUGCCCGAAGACAUGAAGUCCGAAGUGGAUUAUCUCUGGAGAAGGAUGGAGGCUGUGCCUGCGAAACGUAGAUUAUCCGUGAUGCCAGGCUGUAAGCCCGUUGAUAGAAACUUCAAACUACCGUCGAAGAGGAUGACCAUCCAAUCCACUCCUACGAAGGAUCUCGCGAAGGAGACCAGGAGGGUUUUCCUCCAAGAGUUCGCACGAACCGAGGAGAGACCGGGAUUCGUCGAUUUUGAUGAAUACGAAUGACCGGGAAAUUGAGCUUUUGUCGGGCUGGAAGCUGGUCGAGGUACGCUCGGUAAGAUUGCGGACCUCUGGAAAUUUUAUAGGGUGCUUCGAGUAUUGCCACUUUCGAAACUUCUCCAACUUGUUCAGGUUGCAGAAUUCUUAAGUUCAAUAGCUCUUCACAAUUUUUCAACUACCUAAUUUUUCAAGUGGCCAGAUUCUAAUCGUCGAGUUCUUAUACUUGGAAACUUUUAAACCAAUAUCCUCAAAUCUCUAUCAAUCAAUAUCAAUAUAAUAUAAAUCACUGAUAUCCGUGACAUUGUCCUUGUACAUAUAAAACCCACUUAACGAAAGAGAAAGUUCGGUGAAUACGAAUGACGAAGAAUGUUCGAGGAAAGUUUCGGAAAGAGUCUCGUUGACUCGAACGAGCGAUCAAUCCUUGUUAAACUGGAUCAUACGAGCUCCUUCGAACAGUGGAUCUCAUAUAUCCUUCAUUUAAAGUUUCGGAACUUCGAACGAGUAGCUUUCAAGUUCGCAGAACUUGCGUUAAGUUUCGGUGGGAGGAAAAUGGUGUUCCCUCGUUCUUCGACGGAUAAUCGUGAUGUGUGAUCGUUGUUGCAGUUGAUUUCACGGAAAUGAUUCGACUAAUGGAAUGAUACGAAACGUCUUCGCUGCGAUCUGACAUUGAUGAAACGUUGCAGUGGAUUUAAAUUUGGAACGAUGUCUAUCCUUGUAAAAAUUGUACAGAACUCGUGUAUAUAAAUUUUUAAACGCUGGCUGU